GCAAGGGGCUCACUGUGGAAAGGCCUGUCUCCUUCAGCCUGGCUCCAUAGUCUGUGUUCGCAUCCCCCUAGAGUGCCCCUCCCGGCUGCUCCCUGGCACUCCGUGCCUCUGGAUGCCCCUUGGCACCUACAGCCCCUCCCUUCCCCCCACCCCUGCCAUUCACUGACCUUUCUGUGCCCUGGGGCACCAGGAUUCAGCGUCCAUGGGCAUACUGGGGUUAAUGCAGUGCCUCCCUUGGGCCUGCAGGAAGCCCAGGGCUUUUCCACAAAGGAGGCUUGCGACCCAUGGUGUUUCUGGCACUAAAAUCAAUGGGGAAGGCUUUGGGGGCCUGACUUUGGGUUUACUCCAUAAAAUAGGUGCAAAGGCUAGCCCCGUCAUCACCAUUAUCACCAUCAUCUCAUCUCUACCACCAUCAUCUCCAUCACCAUCCCCAUCCCUAUCAUCACCAUCCCCUCCUCCUCCUCCUCAUCAUCAUCAUCCCCAUCAUCACCAUCGUUCCCACCACCAUUUCCAUCAUCAUCAUCAUCCCCUCUUCAUCCUCACCAUCCUCCUCCUCAUAAUCCCCAUCACCACCAUCAUCGUCAUUCCCAUCAUCAUCGUCAUCCCCAACGUCACGGUUAUCCACGUCAUUAUCAUCAUCUCCCUCAUGAUCAUCAUCCCCAUCCCCGCUGUCAUCAUCGUCAUCCCUCCACGUGGCCACUUCUUCACCUGCUCCCUCUGUGCUCACAGGUACUCCUUCCAGGACGAGGAGGACAUGUUCAUGGUGGUGGACCUGCUGCUGGGUGGGGACCUGCGCUACCACCUGCAGCAGAACGUUCAGUUCUCUGAGGACACAGUGAGGCUGUACAUCUGUGAGAUGGCGCUGGCCCUCGACUACCUGCGCAGCCAGCACAUUAUCCACAGAGAUGUCAAGCCUGACAACAUUCUCCUGGACGAGCAAGGACAUGCUCACCUGACAGACUUUAACAUCGCCACCAUCAUAAAGGACGGGGAAAGAGCGACUGCGCUGGCUGGCACCAAGCCCUACAUGGCUCCUGAGAUCUUCCAAUCCUUCGUCAGCGGUGGGAUCGGCUACUCCUUCGAGGUGGACUGGUGGUCGGUGGGGGUGAUGGCCUAUGAGCUGCUGCGUGGAUGGCGGCCCUACGACAUCCACUCAAGCAAUGCGGUGGAGUCUCUGGUGCAGCUCUUCAGCACCGUGAGUGUCCAGUACGCCCCAACCUGGUCCAAGGACACGGUGGCCCUGCUGCGGAAGCUCCUCACGGUGAACCCCGAGCACCGCGUCUCCAGCCUCCAGGACAUGCAGGCAGCCCCCUCGCUGGCCUACGUGCCAUGGGACGACCUGAGCCAGAAGAAGGUGGAGCCGGGCUUCGUGCCCAACAAAGGCCGCCUGCACUGCGACCCCACCUUUGAGCUGGAGGAGAUGAUCCUGGAGUCUCGGCCCUUGCACAAGAAGAAGAAGCGGCUGGCCAAGAACAAGUCACGGGACAACAGCAGGGAUAGCUCUCAGUCUGAGAACGACUACCUUCAGGACUGCCUUGACGCAAUCCAGCAGGACUUUGUGAUUUUUAACAGAGAAAAGCUGAAGAGGAGCCAGGACUCCAUGGCCGAACCAGUCCCUGUUCCCGAGCCCCGGGAUGAGGCAGAGCCACCGGCGGACAGUGAGGUGGUGGGGUCCACCCUACCCAUGUGCGGCCCUCUCUGUCCCUCAGCAGGGAGCAGCUAGGCAUCCAGCAAGGCGUGGACACUCAGGUGGCAGAGAUUCUGUGUCAGCCAGAGUGGGGGCGGUGGCAGGCCGGGGCUGCACGGACAUUCCCAUGGGGCAGCCACUCUGGCCAGGCAGAGCUGAGGGCAGCAUGCUGUGGCCGUCUCCACACGCAUGUUGGACUGUGCACCACCCUUGCUCUCAGAGGGCACAGCGAGGGGGCUUCAAACCUCAGGUCUUCUCAGGAUGGUGGUGUUGAAGGGCAGGUGCUGUGGGCAUCUAGACGGGACAUGGCAGGCGAGGAGGGCUGAUGCCACCUGGGCCGUCUGCCCUGGCCUCGCCCAUGGGCCCUCAGGCUGGCUCGCAGCAGGUCAUGGAAGGCCCAGGGCUGUGGUGAGUGACUGGGCUCUACAAACCCCAAGGGCUUCUUGCUACCCGGCAUUGUGGACAUGGCCCCGGUAUUGCUUCCUUCUUGUACAUCAGGGAAAGGGGUUGGGGAGGGUCAUGGGUGGGAGGGAAAGAAAGGAUGUUUUAUAGAGAAACCACCUGCUCCUGCUGUUCCUGUAUAGUUUUCACCCCUGGGAAUUAUGAUACGAGAAACAUUGUGUCGAAUGCCUUGUGUCGAAUUGGGUCUGUCUGGGCCCUGAGGGUGGCAUUUUGUGUAAGUGCCUGAAUCCAGGUGUGAGGUUUUGAGGCCUGGGAGGGGCAGGGAGGACACCCACCUAUCACUUCCCCUCGGGAUGGCAGCAGGGGGCAGCUGUGGUGGAAGCAGGGGUGGGCUGGAGAUGGGGCACAGUAGACCUCAGCCUCGGCAGAGGUCAGGGGCUGGCUCCAAGGCCAGUAUUCUGACCAUAGCCUGCUGGUGGACGAGUGUGUCUGGGCCAGAGGGAGCCCUGAGGACCAACACAGAGCAAUCCCUGGGUGGACCCUGGUGCCGGAGCCACAGCGAGCUUGGCAGGAGGUCACCAUCCAGGACUGACCA